UCGUGCCGUAAAUAGACAUAAAAAACAGCAACAUGUUCUGUUCCUAUUUUUAGAUCGAUUUGAAGAAAACAAACAGUAUUGGAAGUAAUUUACUUAUUAAUGUUUGAAAUCAAAUAUUAACAGUAAACUUGUAUUAAAACCAUGGACUUUUCGCUGCUGCUGUCAAGAAGUCGGAGAGUACCAAAAAGAUUCACAGAUGUAAUUGAACUAAAAGAAAAUGGAACACCGUUAUGUCUGGAUAUACAGACGAUGUCUAUUGUUGGUCAUCAGUUGAACAUUCUGCCAACGGCGGAAGCGCAAAACUUGCGCGAACAGUUCAGCAGGGCGGAUUCGGCACACACGUUUCGUAGUACAGGGGUUGUCAUGUACCUGGUAAGGACAAUACCCAUGAUUGACGUCAUUAUUUUACUGAUUUUAGCCGGCAAAGAAACAUACGUCCGUAUGUUGUUGUCAAAGACGUUUGGGCUGGAAGGAAUGUACUCAGUUGGGCAAUCAGAUAUACCUAACGCUCACAGACUGCCUAAAUACUACUUCUCAAUGAAAAGCUACCUAGAUAGUGGUGUUAUGGGGAUGGAGUCGUUCCAAAAUAUGUACCAAGGGUUUCGAUCUCAAAUACAGCAAAUACUGGCACCCGGCCAGACAUCCAACCAUGGUGAUUUGCAGUGGGCAUGUGACCGGCUGGCUUGCAUUGUCUUCUUGAGACUUCAACCCAUGCGAGAUCGUGGAGAAAGGAGGGCUAUUCUCGACGAGAUGGACAGGAGCAUUCCGUCUGACGGCUCGGUUGACCGAACACUUGUGGGCAUAGUUUAUUUCGGUUGUCUUGCAUUGUCUGGUGAUCACACAAGCCCAGAAUUAUCACAAAUAGCUUCAACAGCAGAAAGAUGUUCAAGCGGAUUUAUCAAGGCUUUUACGGCAAACAUCACACAGUUCGUAUACAGGCGCAGCUUAACAUUUAACGUGAACGACGACCAUCUUUUGUCGCACGUCAUAUGUCAUUGUUUGUCUGGAAUGAAUUGCGCAAAAGACGGCAUAGAUGACGAAAUCUUGAAAAUACACGUGCUGCGGUCACUGAUGAUGAACAUUGUUCAAAGUACGCUGGGGAUUGGCUUCGACCUCCGAGUUGAAAGAAGCGUCCCGUUAGAACCAAAAUAUAGAAAAACAGCUAAAAGAUAUCUUCAGCACGUCCAACGCAAACUUUUCGAAGGUAUUGAGUCACGACGGAGCAUGAUCUAUUGGUUGUGCAUGGCGAGGGCGAACGAUGACAAGGCGGACGGACGCUCCUCUCAAUUCUUGGAGGAGGCCAGGCUAGAAGCGGAGGAUGGCGCCUUUUUUCAGACGGACCUACAAAACAUAAACACGUAUGGUGACUUCCUGCCAGAUAACAGAGGCGUGUAACGGGAUUUGUCAGUUCUUGGUGUUGGACAAUGAACGGGUUGUAACAUUAUGGGUCAGUCAUGAGUAUCCGACAAUGAACGGAGUGUAACAGGAUGGGUAGUUCUGAGUGUCCGACAAUGAACGGAGUGUAACAGGAUGGGUCAGUUCUGAGUAUCGGAAAAUGAACGGAGUGUAACGGGAUGGGUCAGUUCUGAGUUUCCGACAAUGAACGGAGUAUAACAGGAUGGGUCAGUCCUGAGUAUCCGACAAUGAACGGAGUGUAAUGGGAUGGGUCAGUCCUGAGUGUCCGACAAUGAACGGAGUGUAACGGGAUGGUUCAGUUCUGAGUGUCCGACAAUGAACGGAGUGUAACAGGAUGGGUUAGUUCUGAGUGUCCGACAAUGAACGGAGUGUAACAGGAUGGGUCAGUCCUGAGUGUCCGACAAUGAACGGAGUGUAACGGGAUGGGUCAGUCCUGAGUGUCCGACAAUGAACGGAGUGUAACAGGAUGGGUCAGUUCUGAGUGUCCGACAAUGAACGGAGUGUAACGGGAUGGGUCAGUCCUGAGUAUCCGACAAUGAACGGAGUGUAACGGGAUCGGUCAGUCCUGAGUGUCCGAAAAUGAACGGAGUGUAACAGGAUGGGUCAGUUCUGAGUGUCCGACAAUGAACGGAGUGUAACAGGAUGGGUCAGUUCUGAGUUCGUCAUAUUUUCGCCAUGCCACAUGGCGUAUUGUUGUAUUUGUGCCACUCCAAUUCGUUAAUUGUUGUGGUUUCGCCAUUUGAUAGAAAUUCGUAAAACUUCAUCAAGACAAAUCAUACCGCCGCAUUUUCAGGCAUUUGCAUUCAUGUCCCUUUACAAGACAAACAAAGUUCAAUAAAACAUAUAUACAUGCCUUUGAUAAAACACGCCUCGCCACAUAAAGUUAUUUCGUAUUUCGUACUCUCCCCACGUUAUUUGGUGUGUUUUUGUGUUGUCGUAGUUUCGCCCCGCCUCUUGAUGUAUUUUCGUUUUGUCGUAGCGAAAAUACAAAAUGGCGUGAAUCAGCCACCGCACAUAUAAUAAUAUAUAAUAAUAACCUAUUUCCAUAGUUAAGCAUGUAUAUAGUCAGGAUUAUUUUAGGAUGUUCUAAAGUUUUCCCUUAAUUCCAUGUAUGGAAGGAUCAGAAUAAAUAAACACAUGUAUAUUUUCACGGAAUUUGAGAGCAAUUUUUUUUAGUCUGUUAUUGAACAUUCUUAUUUCGUAUAUAUGACCAUAGGUUUUUCGGUUGAAUUAAAGUUUCUACCAGCGGUAGAAAAAAUGUAAUAUCUUGGAUUUUAUCAAAAUUAUUCUGUGAGGAUAAAACUUAAAUAUUUUUUGGUAAUUACUCUUAAUGUGUUGUUUGACUUCAUUAGUGCUCACAUAAUGUCUUCAAACUUGUGGAUUUAAUUAUGUUGAGGUUAAAAUUUCAGGAUCAAUGAGGAUCGUGUGUGAUAUUUUGACCUUGGACCUUUAGAUUAUUCCUUAUUAUAGAAAUUUUAAUUUCUGGACUAAUGUUAGUAAAUAGCUGUU